GGGGAACGGCGCGCUGGUCUCGCCCGCCCCCUCUCUGUGCUCCCCCGCUUAGAGCCAAUGAGGGCGGGCGCCGCUCUCGCUCCCAGCGUGCCCCGCGCCGUGCCAACAUGGCGGCGCCCGUCGCUGUGGCGGCGGCUCGGGCCGUGAGCCGGGUCGCGAGGGUCGCCGCGGCGGGACCGCUCCUGCUGGGCCCAGCCCGUCUCCUGGAGAGCUGCGCCCCGCGGGCCGUUCCGCUCCCCGCCCGCUGCAGCGGGAGCAGCUCCGCGCUGGGCAGCAUCCUGGGCAUCCCCGCCGAGAAGCCGGCCGGCGCCCUGGGCCAGCACCCGCCCCCCGUUGCCACCAGCAAAGAGGAGCAAGACCGUCUGUUAUGCGAUCAGCCUGACCAACCCCAGAACCCCAAAGUUUUAAGAAUUGCCAUCAUUGGAGCACCGAAUGCUGGAAAGUCUACGCUGUCGAAUCAGCUUUUGGGCAGAAAGGUUUUCCCCGUCUCUAAGAAAGUGCACACAACCCGAUGCAAAGCCCAGGGUGUCGUCACAUGUGAGGACACGCAACUGAUCAUUCUGGACACACCAGGCCUCACUAGUCCGUUUAAAGCCAAAAGACAUAAAUUAGAUGAAGCCAUGCUGACAGACCCAUGGGACAGCAUGAAACGUGCGGAUUUAGUUCUGGUUUUGGUGGACGUGUCGGAUCACUGGACACGAAAUUGUCUGAGCGAGGAGGUGUUGAAGUGUCUUUCUCAGUUCCCCCAGAUCCCCAGUGUCCUGGUUCUGAACAAGGUGGAUCUGGUAAAGAAGAAGUUCAUCCUGCUGGAACUAGUGACUGAGCUAACAGAGGGAAUUGUAAACGGAAAGAAGCUGGAAGUGAAAUCUGCAUUUAAACAUAAUUCCAGUUCUUCAGCAAAGUCUCUUCAAAUCAUUCAGGCUUCUCCACCUGAGAGUAGGGCCCCUGAGUCUCACUGUCUGCAGGAAACAGCUCAAGCCCCAGAAGGCUCUCGCUUGGACAACAGCAGUGAUACAAGGGCUUCUGAGUCCAGCCUUGUCACAGAAGCAGCACAAGGGCCAAAGCACUAUGGACCCGGAGAUCUAAAAAAUAUGAAAGGCUGGCCGUACUUCCAGGAGAUCUUCAUGCUGGCAGCUCUCCGUGGGGAGGAGGUGGAUACGCUCAAGCGGUACCUCCUGAUGCAAGCCAAGCCAGGCCCUUGGGAGUUUCACAGUGGCGUCUUGACCAGCCAGUCACCUCAAGAGAUCUGUGAUAAUAUCAUCAGGGAGAAGAUAUUGGAGUACCUGCCACUGGAAGUACCCUAUGGUGUGAUUCAGGUGACGGAGAUGUGGGAGGAAGGACCGAGCGGGGAGCUCCUCAUCGUGCAGAACCUCUUGGUCCCAAGGAAGUCUCAUAUGAUGAUGUUGAUUGGAAGAGGAGGUAAUGUUAUCAGCAGGAUUGCUCAGGAGGCUGGCCAGGACCUGAUGAACGCUUUCCUGUGUGAAGUCCGCUUGAAGCUCAAGGUGGAGAUGAAGAGUUGAGCUCUUUGUGUAUGUUUUAACAGCACUUGAGCUCUCUGGUCAGGAGGAGAAACUGGUCCUGUUUUCCCCUGCGGGUAUCUUGGCACCUUUGUUCAAUCCAGAAACAGAGGAUGAUGGAACCAAUGUAGCGGGCUGAAGUAGAAUAUAUUAUUCUUUGGGGGAAUGGCCCAAACUGAAAUAAAAUCUUCAGACUUUUUAUGGCACCUUAUCUCGUGGAAGAUGGGGACGGACAUCAGAGAACCAACUGCACAUGCAGUUCUAGUCCUCCAUUUACAGAGCUGUCAUCCACUUCUUUUGGGCUGUGUCCCACGUCCUUGCUGUCAGGUGUUUGUGCCUGGAAGUUCAGGAGCAUCUCCUGUCUUUUAGCAGACAAAGGGUGGCAGUGAAGGGCUGUCAGCACACAUUUAUCACCUCUUCUGAAGGCCGAAUGACUCCAGCGGUGGUCAUGCAGGAGGAAGAGGCUGCCCCUGCCCACACGGUGGUCUCAUGUUGGCUUUGCUCUCUGUGCCGUUGAAGUUCGUAGGUGUGAGUGUGUGACUGUGUAGGAGUCUCUGUAGAUCAUAAAGGCCAGUGGCUUCCAAAUCCUGGGUGGGAGCCCUUCCCACAGGCUUGCGUGCACCAUCUUAGCUGACUGUCAGCUGCUGCUUUCAGUUUGACCUCUUCUGUUUGGUAGUUUGUACAAAUGCUUGUUCCUUCUCUUUCCCCUGUCAUCCUUUCCUCCAACUUCCUAAGCAGUUCACUGCUCCUGGUGUGUGGUACUCGUUCCGGAGGGAUGGGUCUGGUCACAGACUCUUCUAAGAGUGUAUUCCUGGAGAAGCGAGAAACGGAACCGUGAUCCGUUGUCGGUGUGUGUAUGAGCUGCUUCCCAGACUGCCGGUGAGAGGAGCAGGGAGGUCAGGGAACAGCUCGCUGGGUUUGCAAGCGUUUGCUGGAGCCUGUUAAUGAGAAAGGGAAACGGAGCAGGGAAUAGGCAUCUUCCUGCCUCCUAUACAUCUUGUUUCUGGUGCCCUGUGGGGUCCUGUCUGUCCACCCCUCUGGGUGUUUGGCUAAUGAGUGAACGAAUGUUGAGUGGUUUGGUCUGAAGAUGCCACUAACAGCAUCUCACGGAUGCUUACUUCUUUGGAAUGGCUUGUUUGUCAUGCAAAACCAGAGUGGACUCCCUUUCUUAGGAAUUUGAAUAGUUAAUUGCAUCAAAGUUACUUCAAAGUCAUUACUCUUUACACCAGGGUUGCAGAUACAAAUAGAGAGGCUGUCGCAGCUAAAGAAAUGCCCAACGUGGGAACAGCAGCAGGUUCUGCAGCUCAGGUUUAGUGGGGUGUCGGGGAUGGAGAGCAACUGGCACAGGUCGGGGUGCAAGCAAGGCUUGGAGGCUGGAGGAGCAAGGCCGUGCCAGGGCUGGGGCACCGCGUGCCCUGGGCAUGGAGUGCGGUGGAUGCUGGCACCACGUGUGCGUGCCCGGGCCCCUGCCCUCCCUGCCGGUCCUGGUGUUUGGGCACUUGAGUUUUUUGUCUCUGUACAUCACUGUGCUCAGGUGUUUAGAGCACUGGGUAGGUUCCUGCCAGAAAUCCAGGUAAAUCCCCGUGGGCUGUUAUAAAUUAACAUCUCUGAGCGAGGCGGCCGCGGGCUGCUGCCCCGGCAGUUGAAUGAGAUCUGGUAAGGUCUGCUGGGGACUCUGUGCCUGCCUGGAACCCAAACUUGUGGAGCAAAUCCUCUGUCCACCCUCCCUCUCCGGUGCAACAUCAAGGAGAUGUUUUACCAGCACUGGCAAAAGCCUGCGUCUGAGCUGCCAAAGGGUUCUACCAUCAGGAACGUGAGAUUGUCUGGAAGCCGGGUUAAGAGCCGCUGGAGAGGUACGCGCUGGCCUGCCUUGUCUGCCCCGAGCAGGGCACGCUGCAGUCCCUCAAAUGCUUCUAUCUGACUUUUUGUAUUUUCCUUGCAAUAAAACGAGGUCCCAGCA